AUGGACGACGACACGCCUUUCGUGAAGGCUCAAACUGUCGAUCCGGAGGUCAGAGCAUAUGUGUACAGUCUUGUCAAUGCGCUGGGUGGCAGCAGUGCCGACGAAGACGGCCGCUACGUGCUCGGUGACGAUGCACUCGCCUGUCUGCGAGAUUUGAAGAGAUGGCUCAAGCUGUACGACGAGAAACUGAACCGAUUGGACGUUGCACGAUGUCUGGCUGAAGCGAAGCUGGUCGGAGGUGACAUACUGCCUAUACUGGCUUGCUGGUCAGAAGAUGGCAAGAACGACCGCGUCAAGUCAAGAGUCGCGCUUGCAUGUCUGGAGUUGCUGGUGCCACUUACCUGGCCGCUCGAGACCGCCGGGGAAAUGACAGUGAACCAUCAUCGGCAUACACCAUACUUGCAGCAGGCACAGGUGCUGUACAAGGCAGGCAUCCUCAGCUGGGACAACUGUAGCAUUCUCCGACAGAUUGUGAGAAUUGGUCUGCCAUCCAUCGCAUUGCCCCGAGACGAGCGUACAUCAAGAGACGACGGCAUCAUCAAAUUGGUGCUGUACUUCCUACGCAAUGUUGCUGUCAUUCGCCAGAUCCCGAACCUACCCAACCAAGGUCUCGACAUGGUCGUUUCUCGCUCAGCAACGAUCGAUGCAUUCGUCGAACAGGAUGUCUUUGCGCUCCUGCUCACUAUGUGCUCCAACAUUGGCGAUGACUUCAAUCUGCAGGACGUCGUCCUCCUGGAAAUUCUCUUCAACCUGAUCAAAGGGAUCGAUGUGUCUAAGUUAUGGUUGACUAAACUUCAGCGUGCUGAUGCCAACAUCUCGGAACUCACUGCGUCACUAGCAACCGAGAAGGCAAUGGAAAGAGCAAACAAGAAGACGGCUCCUUCAAGGCAUAACCGUUUCGGGACCAUGAUCUGGGUCAAAAGAGAAGACCACAAGACUACUGCGCUGUCAGGCCAGGAGAACAUCCUCGAGAACAAGGCUUUGUUCAACAUGGACAAAUCGAAGAAGUGGAAUAAGCCCAAAACCAAGGAUAAGGAUAUACAGCAUACCAUCCACGAUUUCAACCGCUUCGAAGACAUUACAGACUCUGCUACCGAGCAGCUGCGCAACUUCGUUGAGGAGUUCCUGGACUCCGGCUUCAACCCGUUAUUCACACAUCUCCGCAAAGCGAUUGAGCGGGAAGCGGAACGACUUCUGGACGUAAACUACCGACAAUUCUUCUACGGCGUAUCGUGGUUCUUAGAAGCAGAGAGGACGCGACGGACGAAAAACAAGAACGAGAAGCAUCCCGCAAACCUUGCUCAGGCAUACACCGAGGCAGAAAGCUACAGCCUUGUCGCUGCUGUGCUGAAUCAGGAGACAUUCAUUCUGCUGAACCGAUACAUGCAGAAUGCGCUUGACUCCAAAGAGUGGCAAGACCUCAAUGCCUGCAUGCGAUGCUUCACGCAAAUUCUGCUGACCGUUCAAGAAAUGGCCGCCAGUCCACUCGAAGACGACCAGGAGAUCGCCGAGAACAUCCAAAACCGCAUCUUCUACGAAGAGACUACACACGACCGCAUCGUGGGCAUUCUACGUGGGUAUAAAGACCAGGGAUUCGGGUACCUGGACGCAUGCACAGAACUAUCGCAUACGUUCUUGCGCAUGCUCGAACGAUACUCGAAAGAAAACGCCGACCUACAGAUCAGGUCGAAGCGCCGAGCCCGGCAGAAGAAGAAGGAUGCCCAGAAAGAGCAGGAGACCCAAGCAGACGAACAGAUCGACGAGGACGAUUCGGAACGUGAGGACAUGCAGGAGGCAGUCAAGGUCUCAAAAGAGCGCAAAUUCGACUUCAACCGCUUCGCAAACAAGUUCUGCACGCAGCAGUCUAUCAACACGUUUGUCGCGUUCCUCAACUACUACAAAGAGCUCAACAACGAGCAGCUGAAGCGGGCCCAUCGCUUCUUCUACCGUGCGGCAUUCAAGCAGGAUUCAGCUGUACUGCUGUAUCGAGUAGACAUCAUCGCACUCUUCUAUCGGACUGUCACAGGUCCAGACGCGCUCAGUCCGGCUGUGCCUAUGACGAAAGAGUGGACGGAGUUCACCAAGCAAUUGUUCAAGAAGCUAACCAGAAAGCUUGACGAGCGUCCGGAGUUGCUGGUUGAGAUGCUGUUCAGCAAGAUCAACUCCACUACAUUCUACUUGGAGUACGGGCACGAUAAGCAGACGACAUCUGCUGUCAGAGCACCAGCUGAGCUUGAGAUCCGCCCGUCCCUAAACAGAGACGUUAAGGAGCAGAUUGGGAUCGUGGUCACAAUCUUGCUGAAAGAUGACAAGCUGAACCUGGUGUUGUGGCUCAAAGACGUUCUCACGAAAGCGUCUGGCGAGCGAUCAGCCUGGGAGGUGCAAGCUGAAGCAAGGAAAGCAGCAGCCGGCCCCGAGAGCAGCGAAACUGCCACAAGUGCUGCCUCGGCAGCACUGCAAGCCAAUCUCGCUGCACCGCUCGCAGUGACCGCCCGCCCCACGACGGAUGAAAUUCGCACGGCCAUGUUCAAGAAUGCACGUCUGCGACUGUUGAUGAAACUCUGCAGCCUGCAGCUUCUAGGCGACGAAGACGUGCUUGGAGCACCAUGGAUCAUUCCCGGCUCAGUCACUAGCUCGCAAUUGAAGGAAUUUAUCGAUGUCAUUGAGACACACGAAUUCAGACCCUGGCAAUCCGACAAUCCUGAAGAAGAGCCAGAAGAUCUGCUUCGCCGGGUACCCAAGCCCGCUGCAGAGGUCGCGCGUGACGGGUUCAUCGACGACGGCGAAGCACGCCGCGAUGCCUUCCUCGACGACUCUGAAGGUGAGGAAGACUUCGAGUUUCCUGACAAUAUCCGCAAGCCGAACAGGCAGAAAGACAAUGCGUUGGAAGAGCUCAAGAAGCGUCGCCGGAAGCGCAAGCGUGAUACUGAAGGCGAAGAAGGCGACGAGGUCGACAACGAUGCGGCUGCUGCACGACGUAAAGCGAGGCAAGACGCGAACGAUGAGAGGAGGCGUAAAAUUAAGUCGGAGCUUUACGUGCAUGACAGCGAUGACGAAAGUGAUGCAGAAGCGGACAAGGAGUUCUUCAGAAAGGAAGAGGAGGUGCGGAAGAGGCAGGAGGAGAAUAUCCGGCGACAGAUGGCCGUGGGUGUUGGUGCGGCGAGCGAUGAGAAAGGCGUGAAGAAGAAGGGAAAGAAAGGCAAAGUUCCCGCUAUCAGUGAGAAAGAGCUGCUGGGCGAGGACGGCGAUCUUAUGGAUCUGGAUGGCGACAAUGAGCCACAGCAAACGGGCCCAGAAGCUGACGAGGCGGACGAGACGGCAGAGAGCUCCCAACCCGCCAGAGAUGAUCCACUCAGCGACGACGAAGCUGGUGCGGACACAGAGACGCCUCUGUCGAGUCAGAGCGAACAGGAUCGGUCGCCUCCGCCGGCGAGAAAGGCGCUCGAGGAAAUGCGGCAGCCAAGAGCUACCGUCAGAAACGUCAAUGUCAAGAAAGCUGCUGCGCUGGUCGAGGAUGACGGAGACAUCGAUGCGGUGGGAGAAGAUGACGGCGAAGACGAGCCACGACCUACUGCUGUGCGUGUGGCAGGGAGGAGGCGGGGAGGCUUCAUUGUUGACAGCGAUGACGACGAAUAG